AUGUCUCCUCGAGCAAGCUUAAACCAGGAUUAUGAUGGAAUUAAAACAUUUCGCAGGGCUGAAGUAACGGAAUCAAGACAGAUUAUCAAAAGAAGUGUCAACGGCACAAUAUACUCUAAUGACCAACCAUGGUAUAUAAUCAUUGAUAAUAAAGUCUAUGAUAUUAAAGAUUUUGCACCUAAUCAUCCUGGUGGUGCUCCGAUUUUGACGCAUAUUGGAAAGGAUGCAACCGACGUAUUUUAUUCUUUCCAUCCGGAAAGUGCUCAUGAUUUCUUGGCAAAUUAUUAUGUCGGUGAUAUAGCCCCUGACGAUAUAAUUCUACCAAAAGGCAGGAUUAGAGAACUUAAAGUGAAAUUUACGAAGCUCGGCUAUUUUAAAUCUUCCAAAGUUUAUUACAUCUAUAAAUGCUUUUACAAUAUCAUUCUUUGGUCUAUAUCGGUCAUGAUCUUGGCUGCCUUUGGUAAUUCGUUACUUGGUGUUCUCUCUGCUGCCGCAGUAAUGGCUUUGUUUUGGCAACAGUGUGGUUGGCUAUCACAUGACUUUUUACAUCAUCAAGUAUUUGAAAAAAGAUGCUAUAAUGAUUGGCUUGGAUGUUUUUUUGGUGCUCUUUGUCAAGGUUUUGAUCCUUGUUGGUGGAAAAACAAACAUAAUACUCAUCAUUCUGCUCCAAAUGUUCAUGGUCAAGAUCCUGACAUCGAUACUCACCCUCUUCUAAGUUGGUCUGAACACGCAUUAACAGACCUGUUUGAUUCUGAAUUAGCCAGAGAACAUGCAAAAGCCUAUCCUAAAUGGUUUGCUCGUCUCAUGGUCAACAAUCAAGCUAUAAAUUACUUUCCACUCCUUGCUUUUGCUAGACUAUCUUGGUGUGCUCAAAGUAUUCAAUAUAUUCUUCCAAAUGGUCAAAGUGGAAGUAUCGGUGAUACUCGUAUGCCUGUGUCUUUACUUGAACAGAUCUCACAAGCUAUGUGUGGAUUGUUAUUGGCUUUAUGUUUUUCAUUAAAUCAUAAUGGGAUGAAAGUAUUGACUGACGAAGAAACGAUGAAUACUGAAUUCUAUGUUGAACAAGUUAUUACUGGAAGAGAUGUUACUGCGAAUAGUCUAAUGGGUCGUUGGUUUGUAGAAUGGUUUAUGGGUGGAUUAAAUUAUCAAAUUGAACAUCAU